AUGUCAUCUAGUAUCUCAUCACCGUCUUCGCAGUACGACCCGGCAUACAACACCCUCGGCUUCGACAUCCUCGCGGUGCUGAGCCUCAUCCGGCUCAAGACCCCGGACUGCGACGCCUGCCGGCAGACCCUAAUUGGAACGGCCCAGCAGGCAUUCAGCACGAUUCUGGCGAUGCCCACAUCCACAUCCACCGCCACCACCACCAGCAGCACUACCGCCGACUCUACCAUCUUCAGCGCGAGGGUCGAGCCCAACGACACGACGGGGCUCAUCAAAUUCAUCACCACAGCCAACCCGGUCCCCAUCAGCGUCGCCGACGCGCUACUCGUCCGCAACGCCGUCAACCCGGACCGGACGCGCGAGAUGAUCGACCGAGUCUUCGACGCGCUGCUCGUGCCCGGCCAGCACGACACCUUCUUUGGCCAGCUGGCGCACGCGCAGCUCUGGCUGGUUCUGGACGGCACCUACACCGUGGCAGACGCAGACGCCGCCAUGCGAGGUGAGGGGGAGGGGGAGGAGGAGCAGCAGCAGCAGCAACGAUCGCUGGGCGAGUUCGCGCGCUCGCACAUGGCCUUGCUCGGCGCGCUUGCGCGGGCGCAGGGUGGUGAGCUGGACCCGCUUCCCUUGGCGACUGAUAUCUGCACGGCGUGCCUCGGUUUUCAGGAGGACGAUGCCCUGGAUAACAACAUGACGGGGUUUCCCUGGGGCGGGGAGCUCAGCCUGCAGACGCUGGUGCUCCAGCGGAAGGUGGAGGGAAUGGUAAAGGAGUGGAAGGAGGGAGCAGACACGAGGGCUGCUGCCGUCGCUUUGAUGAUGCCGACCAAUACCGAGUUGGCGCGCUGGGUGCGCGGCGAGGUCGGCAGCCACGAGCAGGCGGCUUGCGCCUGGUUGAUGCUGCAGGCCUUGACAAACCAGCUCAUGAAUAUUUCGGUGUGA